UUGUCCUUGAUUUUUGUAAACAAUACAUGAAUGACGACGUUAAUUUUACUUUGAAGAAAAUUUAUGUUAGGUACUAUGAAUAACUCAUAUAGCAAGGUAUAUUAAAAUUAAUUGCUAAAAUCUGGAUGUUCCGUGAAAACAAUAUUUCGAUUACGAUAUAUGGUUAGCUAGCAUGUAACAUAAUAUUCAUGAUUAAUAAUUUGAGCUUGGACUUGUGACACAUUCUGCUAAAAAUAAAUUUUGGGAAGUGGCCAGUUCUUUUGUCAUGAACAAUUUGCAAAGAAACGAGGACAGUGGGAACGAUGACCCAAAUAUGUUUCCGAUAGGAGUUGAGUCAUCUUUACAAUUGCCUUUAGAUAAUUCAAUGUGCAUAGUGUUUACAGGACACUACAAUGGUAUAGGCGUAGAGGUUAGGCCGCCUGAUGAGAUGAAAUUACUGUACCACAUGGGCUGCUUUGGCAAAGGGUCUACAUCUAGGUCUAGACCUAAACCAGUAACAAACAGUCCUGUGUUUAUCCGUAAAAGACAAUUUUUAAAGAGAAACUACUGGUAUAAGAGAUUUGGUAAAGCGCAGAAAAAUACAGAUCCAGAUUCAUUUUUCAAAGACAUUGAUCAAUUGGCUGCUAAAAUUUUAAAUGAUAGCGAGAAGCAAACUGGUAAAGAUGUCAUUAACUUGGUUUCCAGUGAUGAUGAAGAUCUGGAGGACAUAGCGAGUUUAACAGACAACUCUGAUUUUGAUGAUUCUUUUAAAGAAAAUGCUGUGGUAGUUGUAGCCAAUAGUGAUUCUGAGGAUGAUAACUAUUUUGCCAAUUUAAAGCCCAAAUAUUGUACUAACAAAAUCAUAUUAAAGGAAAAGCUCAUGCUCACUUUACAAGAGGCAUUCUUUCUGCUUUACGGUCUUGGCUGCUUGCAAAUUGUAAACUUUGAAAAUAACAUACUGACUAUUGAAGAAUGCUGGAAAUUGUUCUCAGAAACUGAGAGUAAUUUUAUUGAGAAGUAUGUUGUUUAUCAUUAUUUUCGAUCCAAGGGGUACAUUGUGAAACCAGGAAUCAAGUUUGGUGGUGACUAUUUGCUGUAUAAAGAGGGCCCUGGAGUGAAUCAUGCUGAUUACAUUGUUGUUAUUAAUUAUGGUAAAGAAGAUAUGGACUGGACUUCAUUACUGGGGCAUCUUAGAAUGGCGACAACUACAGUGAAGGAAAUAUUGAUCAUAGAAGUCAAAAGGUCUAAUAAAGAGCACAUGAAACUACCCCAGGAUCUCCAGGAAUAUAGAGUAAGGGAAUUGUUGUUGUCGAGAAAAAUUCCAGUGAUAAUAAAUAAUGAUGAUAACUAUGCCAGAUUUUAUUUACUUAUACUACUAACAACUGUUUCUUAA